AUGUUUUCCCCUGAGGCAUAUGAUAGAAUUGUUUUCGCAGAGUUGCCAGAUCCAAAGGAGUCACCGUAUUUGUAUUCAUUGGUGAUAAAGCACAUGCUUCAUGGACCAUGUGGUACAUUGAAUCCAAACAACCCCUGUAUACGUCAAAAUGGGAAGUGCAGAAAUAACUAUCCAAAAGAAUUCUCUCCAUACACUAAACAUUCAAGAAAUUCCUAUCCUGUCUACAGAAGGCGCAAUGAUGGAAAAAAUGUUAUUAUCAGGGAACAUCUGUUUGAUAACCGAUGGGUUGUACCAUAUAAUGCAUAUCUACUUGCAAAAUUUGAUUGUCAUAUCAAUGUCGAGAUAUGCUCUGCUAUUGAAGCAGUAAAAUAUAUUUACAAGUAUAUCUACAAGGGAUACGACAAAGUUAUGUAUCAGAUCACAGCUUACCAGACAGAAAAUAUCAUUGAUGAGAUUCAUAACUUUCAAUCUGCUAGAUGGAUUUGUGCUCCUGAAGCUAUGUGGAGGAUAUUUUCAUUUGAUUUAACCAACAUUCAUCCAUCAGUGAUGACAAUGCACUUGCAUCUGGAAAAUAGUCAGCCUAUAUCAUUCAUUGAAGAUCAGGCAUUGCAAGAUGUUCUUCGUAAUGAAAGAAAUUCAAGGACAAUGUUGACAGAAUUCUUGUCUAUGAAUCGAACAAAUAAAAGAGCACAGGAUCUCAAUUGUCUCUAUAGAGAAUUUCCUCGGUACUUUACUUGGGAUGAAGGGGACAGGAUAUGGAUUGAUAAGAAACGUGGAGAGGUCAUCAGCCAUAUUAACACAGCACACCCUAUUGAGGAAGAAAGAUAUUACCUCAGAAUGUUACUUAUGCACGUAAGAAAACCAACCUUUUUUGAUGAGUUAAAAUCUAUCAACGGUCGCCAGGCAUCCUCAUACAAAGAAGCUGCAACACUUCGUGGAGUACUCCAAAUGGACAAUGGUUUUGAUGAAUGUUUAUCUGAGGCACUUGUAUACAAGAUGCCAUGUUCCCUGAGACAACUUUUUGAUGUGUUACUUGUACACUGCACACCAACAAAUCCAAGAGAUACUUGGUUGAAAUUCGAAAAUCAUCUGUCAGAAGACAUUAGACAAAACUUAGCAUUAUUGCAACAACAAGUACAAAUUCAAGUUCUUAACUUGAUUGAUCAACAUCUUCAGAUCAUGGGAAAAGUUAUAACUGAUUACAGCCUCACAGAUAUUCCUUAUCAUGUGUUGUGUUCAGAUAAGUCUAUGAAAGAAAUUGAAGUUGAGUAUCAGAUACCUAUUUUUGAUGAAGAUUUAGCUACAGUGUCAAUGUUAAACAGUGCACAAAAGUCUGCAUUCGACAAAAUAAUGCAAAAAAUCAAUGAAAAUGCUCCUGCUGCCUUUUUCAUUGAUGGUCCUGGUAGAACUGGUAAAUCUUUUUUAUACAAAACAUUGCUUGCAACUGUGAGAUCAAGAGGUUAA